AUGCGCGCCCUGCUGGCCAACCUGAGGGACAUGGUGGAGGCUGAGCUGGCGGCCAAGGCCGGGAAGAAGGGCGGCAAGAAGGGCGGAAAGGGCAAGAAGGGCGGCAAGAAUGAGAAGAAGGCCAAAGGGGCCGGCGGCGGCGGCAAGAAGAAGAAGGAUCCCACGCCCCACGUGCGCGCCGCCGUGCAGGCCCGCGCGUUGAUGGCAGCGGCGCCGGCGGCCGACAGGUCGAUGGAGUCGCUCUAUGCGGAGCUGGUCUCAAACGGCGUCCUGGUCCGCUGCCCGCCUGCGCACAUCCAGGACUACCUGGGGGCGUAUGGUUACAUGGGGUCCACCCUGGAUAAGGCCGGCAUCAUACCAGACCCGUCGAUGGCGCAGGUCCGCCAGGCGGUCAGCGAGUUCGCCAUUUUGCCGCUCGGCAGCGCGCAGCUGCACGAGCGCCUGCCCUACACGCGAACGCUGCUGCUCUUCGGCGCGGAACGCACCGGCAAGACCCUCCUCACGCACGCGGUGGCGUCGAUGUGUGGCGCCAACCUGUUUGACCUGUCGCCGCGCAACAUUGACGGGCACUACCCCGGGAAAGCAGUCGCCAUGCUGGCACACAUGGUGUUCAAGGUGGCUCGCACCAUGGCCCCCAGCGUGAUCCUGAUCGAUGAGGUCGAGAAGGUCUUUGUGAGCGACAAGAAGAGGGCCAAGGAGUUCGGGGGCCAGGAGCCGUUCAGCCGCAUCAAGAAGGACCUGAUAAAG